GGGCGAAAGCGCAGGGACGCUGGGGGAAAGUAGCCGCGGAGCGGAGCACUUUGUAGCUGGGAUCGGAGGGAUCGGCCCGGCCGCACGUUCGGGAAGGAACCCGGAGAGUUGGGCACCAUUAAAGUUUUUAUUUUUCGUGCCUGUGCGAGCAGGUGUUUGGGGCUGGGGACCGGCUUUAUUCGCCCCCCCCUCGUCGGGGGCAGCCCACCCAGAGGGAUUCGGCUAAUUAGAACCUGAGCGCGACCAUGCCCAGGAAGAAGGCGGCGGCGGCGGCCUGGGAGGAGCCGAGCUCGGGCAACGGCACGGCCCGCGCCGGGCCCAGGAAGCGCGGCGGCCUGGCCGGCAGGAAGCGCGAGCGGCCCGAGCGCUGCAGCAGCAGCAGCGGCGGCGGCAGCAGCGGCGACGAGGACGGCCUUGAGCUCGACGGGGCCCCCGGCGGGGGCAAGCGCGCGGCGCGGCCGGCGGCGACCAAGGCGGGCGGCGCGGCGGUGAUCAUCACCGAGCCCGAGCACACCAAGGAGCGCGUUAAACUUGAAGGGUCUAAGUGCAAAGGACAGCUAUUGAUUUUUGGGGCCACCAACUGGGACUUGAUUGGUCGAAAAGAAGUGCCUAAACAACAAGCUGCCUACCGCAAUCUUGGUCAGAAUUUGUGGGGGCCCCAUAGAUAUGGAUGCCUGUCGGGGGUCCGGGUGCGGACAGUGGUUUCGGGGUCGUGCGCUGCCCACAGCCUCCUCAUCACCACAGAAGGGAAGCUGUGGAGCUGGGGUCGAAAUGAGAAGGGGCAGCUGGGACAUGGCGACACCAAGAGAGUUGAAGCCCCCAGGCUCAUUGAGGGUCUCAGCCACGAAGUGAUCGUGUCAGCGGCUUGUGGGCGGAACCACACCCUGGCCUUGACAGAAACGGGCUCUGUGUUUGCAUUUGGAGAGAACAAGAUGGGGCAGCUGGGCCUCGGCAACCAGACAGACGCGGUCCCGAGCCCGGCACAGAUAAUGUACAACGGCCAGCCAAUUACCAAAAUGGCCUGUGGGGCUGAAUUCAGUAUGAUAAUGGACUGCAAAGGAAACCUCUAUUCCUUUGGGUGCCCUGAAUAUGGUCAGCUGGGACAUAACUCGGACGGGAAGUUUAUUGCCCGGGCGCAGCGGAUAGAGUACGACUGCGAGCUGGUGCCUCGGCGAGUGGCCAUCUUCAUCGAGAAGACGAAAGAUGGGCAGAUUUUGCCAGUCCCAAACGUGGUUGUACGAGAUGUGGCCUGUGGUGCUAACCACACGCUCGUCCUGGACUCCCAGAAGCGCGUCUUCUCCUGGGGCUUCGGUGGCUACGGCCGGCUGGGCCACGCUGAGCAGAAAGACGAGAUGGUCCCCCGCCUGGUGAAGCUGUUUGACUUUCCCGGGCGCGGGGCAUCCCAGAUCUACGCCGGCUACACCUGCUCCUUUGCCGUCAGUGAAGUGGGUGGUCUGUUUUUCUGGGGGGCCACCAACACGUCUCGUGAAUCUACCAUGUACCCGAAAGCCGUGCAGGACCUCUGUGGCUGGAGAAUCCGGAGCCUGGCCUGUGGGAAGAGCAGCAUCAUUGUGGCUGCGGACGAGAGCACAAUCAGCUGGGGCCCGUCACCGACCUUCGGGGAACUGGGCUAUGGGGACCACAAGCCCAAGUCUUCCACUGCAGCCCAAGAGGUGAAGACGCUGGAUGGCAUAUUCACAGAGCAGGUUGCCAUGGGCUACUCGCACUCCCUGGUGAUAGCGAGAGAUGAAAGUGAGACCGAGAAAGAGAAGAUCAAGAAACUGCCAGAGUAUAACCCCCGCACCCUCUGAUGGCCCCGGAGUCGCCAACUCCACCCCUCGCGGCAGCUGUCAUUUCCAUGUGCACUGGGACGGGAAGUCAAAACGAGGAAUUUAAGCAAAGUUGACCGAAGGUGCAUUUUUGUUAGACUCCCUGAGGUUCCGUUUUAUAAGUGAUUCAACGUCAACUACCUUUUCUGUAUGCUUUCCAAAGUGUUUUUUCUCUCUCAAUGUUUAAUUAAAAUAUUUGCUCAUAGUUGACUUAACCAUUCCUAUAAAAAGGCAGAAACUUUGAGCAAGCUAGGUUUUUUUUUAAGUUUUUUUCUUUUACCCCCCCCCCCCCCAAAUAUACUUCUCAAAACUCCCCUUUCCAGUUGUAAUUAGCAUUGUGAUCCGAGUGAGUGCUGCCUGGGAGAGGAGUCACGAUUUACUCAGAAAAACAAUGUCCCUCAUGGGAAGCAGCAGCAUCUAGGAAAAGAGGGUCCCUGGUAGUUGAUCUCCAUCCAAAACCAUGCCCGCGUGCUUCUGGGAGCAUCUGGGUCAUGCCUUGCCGCUUUUUCUUGUAGACCAGCUGAGGCCGGCUUUGUUCUGUUCCCCCCUUGGCUGCUUGUAAGCCCCACUGCCUUUUGGCUGCGACAUUAAUAGAAUCUGCCGUUUCCCCCCUGGUGGGGGCUCUGGGG